CGACGACGACGACGACGACGGCCUUGCUCCUUGUUUCGAUCCUUCACCCUUGACUUUCUGCGACGACCUCUGCGAGGCGAACCUGGUGUUCAUUUUCUCUCGUUCUUUUUUGUGUGCUCUGCUUUACUUGCUCGUCGUUCUUUGUCUCCAGCUUCCGACAACUCCCAAUUACAUCCGGGUCUUCUGCUUAGGUCUCCAGCCUCAUUUAGCACUGAACACUCGGAAUUACUCGUGAACGAUGCGCACUACGUUCGUGUUUGCUUGCUUCUUGGCGCUCGCCGGUCGAGCUCUCGCUGAGCUCAACAUCGUCAUGGGCGGUACACUCGGCAAUAUCACGACGGCCGAGUUCCUCACGUUCAAUGAUAGUACGACGUUGACAUCGGACUGUCAGACCGACUGUUCCCCCGGUCUGACCGACAUCGCGAACUGCGCCGGCGAUGAUGCUUGCCUCUGCUCCAACGCGACCAUAGCCGCCGUCACGGCCUGUCAACAGUGUUACUUCAACGACCUUAUCACGCAGAACAUCAAGAUGCCAGACCCGCGCGCGGGAUCGGCCGUUGCGCUCACCGCCUACGCCGCAGCCUGCCUCGCCUCGUCCGCGAAUGUCACCGUGCCCGCGACUUCCGUCGCGCUCACGCUCCCGGCGAACUGGGACGGCCCUGUCUCGUUGACGCUCAACACGGGCCAGACCGUCGUUGCUGUGAUUGCGGGGACGAUCUUGGGAGGGGGGGCGUUGAUGCUUUUGUCGAAUUUGUAGACUCGUCGAGGGGGUGAGAAUGUGAGUGGUCUGCUGGGAUGAGGGAGAGGGUGGUGUAGGGCGUGGAUGCUUGUGAAGUUUAGUUGGCUUUUUCUUUCUUUUGGUGCUUUGUUUAUGGAGGUUUUUGUUGUCGUCAUUGGGUUUGCGUCCCGCAGAGAGAAGAUAGCGCUCAUUAAAGGGUAUCCAUUCGACUGAUGCACAGGCGGGACUAUAUCCAACAUCGUAAAGCACAUCAAGAAAUAUAUAUGCUGCGGGCGGC